AGGUCUGGAGUUUAUUGAACAGAAAAUGGAUGGAAGCGGACAAGACUCUGAAUUCGACUUUUAUCGGUAAUUGGACCAGACAACAAGUUGUCACUGUAGUAAGCUUCGUUUACGUGAUUGUCGCCAUAUUAAUGGUCCUAUUAUGGUCGGCCUACCUAUGUUUUGAUGGUCAUCGACGGCCCAAGCGAGAUACUCAUGUCAUUCAUAUGUUAGCGCAAGGAGCGUUGCUUCGAGCAAUACCAUAGCCAACAAUUGGCCCAAUUGAUAUCUCGCCUGCCUUUUAUCGAACAGAUUUUCUAUGAUUGUGCUGUUCUUUAUGGAAACGUUCCUCUGAUAGAGCUUCUUCUCUGUUUUUCUAUAAUUUUCUGACUUUUGGAGUCAUCAAUAGCAGCGCAUCAUGAUCUUUAUACUUUCAACUUUGAGAACUCGAAAGAUUGUCUAAUGUUCUAUAAGUGCUUAUUUUACGUACAUCCUAUAUCCAGGUGCACAUGUAAUUGUCGUUGUUCAUAGCAUCAAAAUCUUCCAAUUGACAUAACAAAUAUUUGUUGUAACAUUGUAACAUUAUGCUGAUAAAAAACCAAGGAGAUUCAUUUCUUACUGGGAUGCUGUAAGAAGACAUUUGAACAAAAUUCAUAGAGCUGUGCAAUCCACCAGAAUAGAAGUAUCAGCUCGACAACUUGUAGAGAAACUGUAAAUUGUUCGC